CCCUACGCGAACCAGCUUGGGGGAGGCGGGGAGGCAGCCGGAGCGCGACCGCCGCCGCAGCAGUCUUGCAGCCGCCGCUCGGAGGCGCGGCCCCUAGGCCCUGGAGCCCGCGCGGGCCCCGGGGCAGUCGGCUCCUCUCGCGGAGAGCUGCUAGGCUCGCCCCUGCCCGGAGCGGAGGGCGCGGAGUGCUCUAGGGCCUUGCUGCUCCAAGUGGGAUCCACAGACCAGCAGCAUCAGUGUUACCCUAUUAGAAAUGCAGGAUCUUGGGCCUCAGUCCAGACCUACUAUAUCAGAAUCUGUGUUCUAACAAGAUUCUCAGGACAUCCUUGGUGAUCCUGAAAGAGUCUGUAUUCCGUAUCAUGGCAUCGAUCUCUAUGAUGGGAAGCCCUAAGAACCUUAGUGAAACUUUUUUGCCUAAUGGCAUAAAUGGUAUCAAAGAUGCAAGGAAAGUCACUGUAGGUGUAAUUGGAAGUGGGGAUUUUGCCAAAUCCCUGACCAUCCGACUGAUUAGAUGUGGCUAUCAUGUGGUCAUAGGAAGCAGGAAUCCUAAGUUUGCUUCUGAAUUUUUUCCACAUGUGGUAGAUGUCACUCAUCACGAAGAUGCUCUGACAAAAACAAAUAUAAUAUUUGUUGCUAUACAUAGAGAACAUUACACCUCCCUGUGGGACCUGAGACAUCUGCUUGUGGGUAAAAUCCUGAUUGAUGUGAGCAAUAAUAUGAGGAUAAACCAAUACCCAGAAUCCAAUGCUGAAUAUUUGGCUUCAUUAUUCCCAGAUUCCCUGAUUGUCAAAGGAUUUAAUGUUGUCUCAGCUUGGACACUUCAGUUAGGACCAAAGGAUGCCAGCCGGCAGGUUUAUAUAUGCAGCAACAAUGUUCAAGCUCGACAACAGGUUAUUGAACUUGCCCGUCAGUUGAAUUUCAUUCCUGUUGACCUGGGAUCAUUAUCAUCAGCCAGGGAGAUUGAAAAUUUACCCCUGCGGCUCUUUACCCUCUGGAGAGGGCCAGUGGUGGUAGCCAUAAGCCUGGCCACAUUUUUCUUUCUUUAUUCCUUUGUCAGAGAUGUUAUACAUCCAUAUGCAAGAAACCAGCAGAGUGACUUUUAUAAGAUUCCUAUUGAGAUUGUGAAUAAAACCUUGCCCAUAGUUGCCAUUACUUUGCUAUCCCUGGUAUACCUAGCAGGUCUCUUGGCAGCUGCUUAUCAGCUUUAUUACGGCACCAAGUAUAGGAGAUUUCCACCUUGGUUGGAGACCUGGUUACAGUGUAGAAAACAGCUUGGAUUACUAAGUUUUUUCUUUGCUUCGGUCCAUGUUGCCUACAGCCUCUGCUUACCAAUGAGAAGGUCAGAGAGAUACUUGUUUCUCAACAUGGCUUAUCAGCAGGUUCACGCAAAUAUUGAAAACUCUUGGAACGAGGAAGAAGUUUGGAGAAUUGAAAUGUAUAUCUCCUUUGGCAUAAUGAGUCUUGGCUUGCUGUCCCUCCUGGCAGUCACCUCUAUCCCCUCAGUGAGCAAUGCUUUAAACUGGAGGGAAUUCAGUUUUAUUCAGUCUACACUUGGAUAUGUCGCUCUGCUCAUAAGUACUUUCCAUGUUUUAAUUUAUGGAUGGAAACAAGCUUUUGAGGAAGAAUACUACAGGUUUUAUACACCACCAAACUUUGUUCUUGCUCUUGUUUUGCCCUCAGUUGUAAUUCUGGGUAAGAUCAUUUUACUCCUUCCAUGUAUAAACCGAAAGCUAAAGAGAAUUAAAAAAGGCUGGGAAAAGAGCCAGUUUCUAGAAGAAGGUGUUGGAGGAGCAGUUCCUCAUCUCUCACCAGAGAGGGUUACAGUAAUGUGAUGGUAAAUGGUGCUUGCCAAUGGCAUAUAAAGUUCGACUCAUGCCAUUAUUUUUAUGACUGCCUUUAUGUUCAUUUGCAAGUGCAUUGUCAAAUUACUUUGGGCUGAAACCUGUUCAAUGAGAUCUCAAGUGAAUUAAUGGUAGAAUUUUCUUCAAAUUAAUUUUCACAAACGUAGUAUUUUGCCAAUAUGAAUUUUCAUAGUCAACUUAUUGUUAAAAGUUAGCUGUGUUUUGUCUUGUUUUGCACAAUCAUAUCACUGUUGUUAUUUUAACAAACUAUAUUCCAUUAUCAGGUACAAAUAUUUGUAGUUAAUAUUAUUACAUAUAUAUAUAUAUAAUAUAAUGUUAAAAAAAACUUUGUAAACCAGCAGAAUUUUAAGUUUUCAUAUAAUUCAAUGGAUAUAUGUCUUUUCCAGAGGCUUAAGUGAGGUUUUAAUUAUUAUCCAGCUUAAGAAAUAGAAAUGCAUAAUCACAUAUUAUUUUUAAGAAAGGACACAUUACAUUGGCAUCUAGGUAUGGGUGCAUGGUAACAUUCCUAUAUUUUUCUCAUGAGAUUUGGUUUGAAGAAUGUAAUUAAUUAUAUGAACCAGUGUGAUUUGUGAGCAAACACAAAUUAGAAAGACAAAUGGAACCUGAAAUUGUAUUUAAAAUGCAUUGGAGACAUGAAAUAUAUACUAAAUAUGUACUGACACUGAAAUACAUAUGUACCUCAUGGAAGAUUUUAUUCUUUAUCUUGUUACAAUUUCAUUUGCUUAUUAAUUAAGUUGAUCAGAAAGAAGACAGUAAUAUUUGGCCUCCACAACUGAUUUUUCUAAUGUAGAACCAAUCUUGGAAAUCUUAUAGUUGUUUCUAGGUAGAGGGAAAGUGUUAAGUUUACACACAAAUAGUUGUUUGUCAGCUGAUCUAUGUUGUUGCACCUUAGCCAGUCACCAUGCUGUAUCGUAUAGAAUUUUGCUGACUUUUACUGAGGGGUUAUUGACAUGCCAGGCACUGUUCUAAGCACUUUACUUGUAUUACCCCAUUUAAUACUUAAAACAACCUCAUAACAGAUAUAGUUAUAUCCUCAUUUCACAUAUGAGAAAACUGAAGAACAGAAAAGUUAAGUUAUUUGCCAAGGUCAUGAAGUUAGUAAGUGGCAGAGCCGGCCUUCAAGUCCAGGCACUCACAUUUCAGAGGCUAUGGUUUUAGCCACUAGGCUGUAUGAUCCCUGCUCCAUCCCUAUGCAUUAUGUUUAUAAUGCCAAUCUAGAUGCUUCUUUUGUAUAAAGGCACUGACAUUCUUUACAGUUUGUUGUGGGUGUCAAAAGAUAUAUGAAAAUGUUACAAUCAUACAUUUAUUAUUGCUGGUGGGAUAAUCCACAGUUACUUACCCAGGGGAAGGAUCUUGCCUGGGCCAUCACCCCAGAGACUCAUGGUGGUCCAUAUGCCUCCCUGUCCAGGACUCCAGCAGAGAUAGGACCAUGGCAGUUUUAAUGACUGGCUGAGGUCUUACAGAAUCUUAAAAAGUCUCUGUAAAGUUGGUCAUCUCUUUAUCUCUUCCUGAGAACUCCUGCCCACUCAGCCAUUCAUUAGGGAGCAUUUUGCAAGAAUGAAGGAUAUUAGGAUAAGUGAUUAACUACAAAUCUACUCUAGAGACAUAUAAUCAUACAAAUUAUUCAUAAAAUUUUUCAGUGCUGACAUUCCCCAUUAAAGUUGCAUUUUGUUCAAACUUUGGUUAGAAUGCCCUACAUUUUUUUCCCAUAUGCUCUUUCCUUAUUAAAAUAGAAAGUUAUAGACAAGGUAAAUUAUAUGCAUUAUAUAAUUAAAUAUCCUGAAAUUAUAACAUUUCUCAGCUUACCCACUGAGGUACCACUGAAUUACUUAGUGGAAGCUACCUUUCCGACAAUGGCUCCUUCUCUGCUAUUGCACCAUGUGUUUGGUAAAUCACUCAUGAUUCUUGGAUGUUCUCUUUUGGGUGAAUCUUAAUUAUCUUGUACUUUUUAACUGACCUCUCUAUUUUCUUUAAUUAUAUGCUUCCUCUCUUGAUAGUCAGUUGCUUGUUAUUCUUAGUAGGAAUUCAGUUGGGUGAUAACUUUUAAAGGUAACACCUAUAGACUAUUGUAGUGGACAAGUGAAAUUAACAGCAUAUUUUUCAAUACUUUCUUGUUCCUUAAGGUUUCACUCUCUUAAGACCAUGUUUUCACCAUUUAACGUGAAAUACAAGGAAAUAUUUUUAAAAGUUAGAUGACUGUUGAAGUACAUCAUUGCAUGUAUAGAUUAAGUAGCUAGUAAUAUAAAUAAAAUCACUACACAGAUAAAUGGGACCUUUGAAAAUAUGAAAAAACAAAAUUUAUGAAAAUAUAUAUAAGAUGUAAAUUUAAAAUAGUAAUGUUUUCAGUACUACUCCUUUUAAGUACUACAAAGAUGAAGAAAUUUUGGAGUUUCAAAAUAAAUAUAAAAUAUUCAUUAUAAUUCUAAAUACCUAAAAUGCAAAAAUAUCAAUUAACUUUUAAUUGCUUUAUUUAAUUGACUUUUAAUUGCUUUAUUUUAUGAUUUACAACCUGAUUAUUUUUCUUAAUUUUUACUUCUCAUAAUCAUUUUUAAAAAAUCAUUAUUCUGGCCUCAGAACUAGGGCUGAAUUCUGUUAUUGCUCAAUGUGAGAAAGUAUGGGAACUUAAAGUAGCAGGGAUUUGUUUCUUAAUCUGUAUUUUGAGAAGUGCCCUUGAGAAAAUUAUAAGAAUGUAGAAAAUAUACCUAGUCUUAAUCCUAUGGAAAAAAAUUGAGUAGUUUUUUUCCUAAGAGGAAAAUAAUCAAGGACUGAAUCUUGCUACUUAGCUUGGUGUGCAAAUUUCAUACAUCUCCUCUAUUAGGAAUUUUUAAAGUCAUGUUUAAAUAAGAAUAUAUUCAUGCUAACAUAUAUUUUUCAAGCAUGUAUGGAAAUUUAGUCCCAAUUAUCUACCUGUUGAGAUUUUUAUUUAAAUGUUAGAGUAUUUUGAAGUAUGAAUAAAUUAUAUUUAUAGGUAUUUAUCAGAGAUAGUUAUUUUGUGUUACAUGUGGAAUUGGAUAAAGAGCUCUAAUGUUAGGUCACCCAAUUAAUUUCUAAUAAAUUAGCAUAAUAUUGACUUGAUUAAGGAAUUUUACUUUCAAAAUUAAUUUGAUAAUAGUAACUUAAAGUAUAUUCAUACUUACAACUUAUGAAAAUUAUUUGUAUAAAAGGGCUUCAAGAAUACAUCAUAUCCAAUUUUCAUAUUAUCUCUUAUGAAAUAUGAUAAAACCUUAAUUCUUUUUAAUUGCCUUUUGCCACUAAACUAUUUCAUAAUAAAUUCUGUACAGAGACUUUCUCUACCAAAAAGAGGUUUGUUUGUGAAAUUUAAGGUUUCUUAUGUGAUAUUUUAAAUAAAGUACCAUAAAUGUAAUUCAUAAGUCUUUAAGAACACUAUAAACACUGAACCUGUGUCACUCUAUAAAAUCUGUCUUGAAAUAGGUAUUUAAACAUCCUAAAAUGUCAUGGUGAAAUUAUUUUUCAAAUCCAUGAGUUACAGCAGUGUUACACAAAGUAUAACACAGCUCAGUCCAGUGUUAAGAUUUGUGUUUGUGAUAUGUUUUCAUGAAAAUAAGAUGCUUUACCCUCAAUUGUUCGUAAGUCAGUAAAACAAAUUCUGGUGUAUAUUCAGUAUAUGUAAUUGCUCUAAAUGAAACUAAUAAUUUUAGUGGAAACAAUCUGUUCUUACCUUUGAAUACUGAAUUUUAUGGGAAUGAAUAGGUUCUUUAAUUUUUUUCAAUGUGAGAGAAUCCUAAAGUGCUAAUAUUCGGAGAUUCUGUCCAUAUAUCAAAAAACGUUUAGUUCAGCCUAAAAUACAUACAUACUGAGAUUUCUUUAACUUUCCAAAUUAUUGGCUUUCCUUCGUGCACCAUUCAAAAUUGGGGCAGACUGUAUGGAUUUUCCCAGUGACUAGUGGGCUAAAUUAAAUCACCAAAGCAGGUGCUUUUGUAUGAUUUCCAAAUUGCCAACUUCAAGGAAGAAUUAUCUUGAGGUCAAAGGUCUUUCAUAGCUUUGCAGAUAUCCAGCCUGAACAGGGACUGGAAGUUGUCUCCCAAUGUCUAGUUACCCUACUUCUUUAAAAGCUGCUGCCUAUCACAUUCCUCCACUGCCCUGACAUUAGCUGUUCCCAUGAGUGUUAGCCAGCAAGAGGUAGAGGCACAUGUGAGUGAUUCCCUGGAAGUCUCUUCGAAGGAAAGCAGCAUAUGUUCUUGAUCUUAUUUCUCUACCUUGUUGCUGCAGUUGUGGCUAUAACAGGAGGACCAAGGCCACAACCUAAGGAAGGCAUGUUAGAGACCCAAAAGAUCUUGAUUACUUCACUAUUUGGACUGCCUUUUCCUGUAGUUAAGCCUUGUAAACGUGGGUUUCUUUAUAUGAAGUCAAGACUAAUCCACUCUGGCCAUCAGUUCUUUGUCAUGAUACCGUUUAACACUGUUUGAAUAAACUAGAUUGCAAUAAGUAUACCUUUAGAAGUUUUUAAAGGAUAAUGUGCAAUUCACAUUAGAAUUGAUUUUCUGUUGUUAAUUAAUUGUACUCAUUUUCUUGCCUUGCUCUUUCAUUAGGUAUUUUGUGUCUGCUUGGAAAACAGUCUUCCUUAUAACUGUGUAAUAGAUGUUUGCUAAAACUUUGUUAUCUCCAAAAUAUUGCUAUCUGAUUAUAUGCCAUGUUUUUAUAUCAUUCUCAUAAAUCUGCCUUAUAAACAUCUAAAUAAAAAGUACUAUUUAAUGGG